GCGUGCAAAACUGUUCUCAGUAGUACUCGUAUGAAUGAUACCCAUCAGCCAGGCAUGUGGCGAAAUGAUCGAUACCGCCGACAAGGGCGCGCGCCGGACCACGUGUGUGUGCCCGUUUCAGUCCGGAGUAAGUUUGACCUCCCGGCGAGGGGGGAGAGGGGCGGCGCUGUUUCCUGUCUAAAUUUAGACUCUCCUGUUUCUGGUCAGUCGCGAGUGCCCGCUGCGCAGCCCCAGGCUCGUGCGCGCACCUAAAACGCCGCUCCCGCCGCCCGUGAGCGCACUGGCCACUACUAUGCUGCUCUGCAACAGCACGUCCUGAGACGCAGCGCUGGAGCCGCGAGACCCAGCAGCUCCCGCACGCGCACUUGACUUGUCCUCAGCCGAGCUGCAAAUCCUAAUAACGGGAUCCCAAGAAGAAGAGUGUCAUAAUCAUCAUCAUCAUCAUCAUCAUGUCAGACGCCAGGAAGUUCCUGACCAUCCCCAGCCAGGAGGCUCUCUUCACCGUGGUGCGCAAUGACAGGUCGGCUGAGGCUGAAGGCUGCAGCUCGCCCCCGGCGGAGGAUGACGAGGAUGAAGAAGCGGAGCCCGAGGACGCCCCCCGGUUGAUGCCGCGGUCCUCCCCCGUGCCCAGGAAGCGAGGGCUCUCCCUCUUCGAGGAGACGGCGGAGUACCUGAGGAUGCGGCUGGCCAUGGCCACCAGGAGAGUGUCGUUCGCCGACACGUCCGGCGGGGAGCUCGUCGAAGUCAAGGAGUUCGUGGCUUUCGAGUCGGACGAGGAGCAGGAGCCGGAGCAGGAGCAGGAGCAGGAGGAGGGCGAGUCGCCGGCGGAGUCGGAGGGACGGCAAGUUCCAGCUCGCGGCGGCCGCGGCGGCGAACUCGCGUACAGAGCGCGGGCGGACUUCUCGGUGCCCAGCGGCGCGCCCGCGCUGCUCGCCGCCGUGCGCGCCAACAAGGUGGAGCUGGAGAGCGUCUCCUUCCCCGAGGACGAGCCGCUCGCCUUCGCGGGGCUCGUCCGCGUGCUCAACGUCUCCUUCCACAAAGCGGUGUACGUGCGCUUCACCAUGGACGCCUGGCGCACCUUCUUCGACGUCCCCGCGGACUACGUGCACGGCUCCAACGACGUGGAGACGGACCGGUUCUCCUUCAGGCUGUCGUUCGCGCAGCCCUACGUGCGCGCGGGCGCCCGCAUCGAGUUCGUGCUGCGCUUCGAGACCCCCCAGGGCGACUACUGGGCCAACAACGCGGGCAGCAAUUACUCGGUGACCCUGAACCCGGCGGAGGAGGAGGAGAUGGAGGAGGUGGAGGAGCCGGGCGCGCCUCCGCUGAUCGUGGACGCGCCCGCGGAGAAGCGCAGAGGGAUCCUGAAAGCCUCCAGCUACAGAAUGGAUACUGAAUAUGAGGAGAUACCAAGUGCGGAGAAGGAAGAAGCAGAAGCUCAGAAAAGAGAGAUGGACAUGAAGUCAGAGCCAGCAAUUGCAUGCCCUCAAAUCAUUCAUCCUGAAAUUGACAUUGAGAUUGUUAAUGCUGUCACAUUGGGCUGUCAACCUGCAGCCAGUAGUGAUCUUGAACCAGAAGACGGUAUGACCUCUCCUGAUGCUGAGUCCCUAAAGGAGCAGAUGCGCUCAUUUUCUUUGGCAAAAGAGAGUAAGGAUCGGACUGUACUUGAGGCCAGCCAGCCCCUAUCAACCCAGCUUCAGGCGGAAUCCCACCAGGUACCUGAUCUUAGAGAAGACACUGAGGUUCCACCAGGCACCUCCACAGAAGAUGAUCAUGUGGCAUCCAUGUCAGACCUCUCCUGCUCCAGCUGUGUCGAGCCUUUCACCGGCAGUGUGGAUGAGAGUUGCGCGUUUAAUAUUGUCUACUCUGUACCUGGAAGCUCUUUCCAAGGCGCAGAAUUUGUCACUCCAACUAAAUCUACCGAGAAGGUGCCUUCAGAACAGCACGCGACCCAACGCCCUUCCCCGGAUGUGCUGGAGCCAGAUGAGGGAAGCCGAACAUUGGACACAGAGAGGGUGACUGGAGAAAGGGAUCAAAUGUCAACAAUGAUUCAAGGCGAAGACAUCGCCUCUUUCGGUGGUCUGAACUUGUCGGAGACCGAGCUCUUGCGUGCGGCAGAUAGCAGCGUUCCGGUCUGGCAGGACAACGAGAGCAACUAUCAGGAUGCACGGAUUUGUCAAUCGACAUCAGUGCAUGAAAUGCAUGUUCCACUUACCUGCCUUCCCGAAGAACUGGGGAAGACGACCGCGGUGGACGAGCGCUCCGCAACUGGAGAAAAAGGCAUCAAGGCAGCAGAUGCUAGCAAAAAAGCGGAGAAUGUCCAGGCUGCAGCAGAAGGACUCUCUGGCAUGGUAACACCCUGCAUGUUGGAUACUCCAGCUGCCACCCUCUCGGGACCGGGCGACCCAAUGUUUCAAAGCCAAGUUGGCCCAGAAAUAGUACCUACUUUUAAUCCUCUGCUGGCCUCCUUUCCCAAAAGAGACCCGGCCUACGAGAUGGAUGAGCCCAGCGAAGUUCCUCGUUCCACCAGACCACUUGCUGAGAGUAUGAAUUUCACCUCCUGUGUCCAUCGAGAGGAAAUACGCCUUACGCAGUUAGGUGGCACGCUCGAAGCCACAGAAUCACCGGGUCUUGCAACCGGUGUGUCGGCGUCAUCGGCUGCCGCAGUAAGCGUUACGAUGCCGACGACUGACAUCGCAAUCCAAAGUAAAAAUAUUUUGGCGGAGGACAGCGAAGCAGUGUUUUCCCCUAUCCCCGAGUCGACGGACUCUGCAUCUCUUAGUACGGACGGUUUACGAAAGGAGGUGUCACUCGAACGGCAGCGACCCGUCGCGGGCCCCCUCGUGUCCCAGAAGGCCGAGUCUGACGCGGCAGCGGUCCGGGCUCUGAUGACGGCCUUCGUCACAUUUGCGUUCGUCGUCUGCCUUGCGCUGGUUAUUACCGAUCCCGGCAUCUUCCUCAUUUUCGGGCUCUACCUUCUCCUCUAGUCCGCCGGUUCUGCUCCGUUGCCGAGGUUUUCUUUUCCGUCAGUUUCUGCAGGAAGUGCCUUCUUACGUCUGUCUCCGUCAGCCUCUCGGAACACGCACGAUCACGCAAAUGUCCAGUCUCCUUUCCGUGUGCCAGAUUCCGUGAUGGAAAAAGCGCGGUAUUAACUUGAAGUACGGUUCAUAGUGUAUCCUCUUUGAAAUGACCAAAGUGUAGCUGUCUGCCGCAAGGUUUAUGUAACACAGUAACACCAGUAAAGGAUAUUUACUUUUUAGCUUUCUGAUGCACUCAAUAAAAUUUAAUUUGCACUGAGAAUUUUGUACGUACGUUUAGAGCGAAUAAAUGAAAGCGCUGAGCGAAAACGGCCAGUUGUAUGUUGUGUAUGUUGGAUCGAGCAAGAUGCGUGCUGCGAAAAUGUCGGCAUGACACUUGAAACGCGAAUGGAGGUCGACCGUUAAUAAGCGGUUUCUGAAAGAGCGGUGGAGAUGAGACGUAACCCUUCGAUCUCGGGGAGGAAUCGGAUUUAGUGCUCUGCGGAUGAACAGUGAAAUCAUUUUUGAUGUUGCUUGGGUGAGUGAAGUUCAGUGGAAUUCUCAUUUGGUGUGAGAGGUGUUUUUAAAAAAAAAAAAAAACAA